CAGUCGAUAACAUUACUCAUUAUCUGCCCAAACACAGUCAACUGCGGGUUUGUCAUCGUUAGAACUACAAGAUAUGGCCCAGCACCUCAGCACCGAUUCGCUCAGCCUGCUGACCCCUCCUGUGCCGUCCUUUCCCCAUGACCCGGUGGUGUUCCGGUUUGCAGCCAUCACAAUCACUUUAUCUCAGCUCCGUUAUCUUACAUUUUCCCUUAUCGGCAUCGCUUUAUUGUGGCCUUGGAAUGCUUUCUUGCUGGCAAGUGCUUACUAUGGAGAGAGAUUCUCCCAUACCUUGUCCCUUAUCAAAAUCUACUCUUCCACCAUGAUGACGGUAUCUACCUUGACCUCAACCGUCUAUACAUAUUAUUUAUCACAGGUACAAAAGGGCGUUAACUAUCGUGCCCGUAUAUACAUGGGACUUAGCCUUACUGUUGGUGUGUUUGUGGUGAUGGCCUUUUCAUGCAUUUCUUGGUGGUUUAUCACCAUGGAGGAUACGGUGUUUUUUGUGGGUUUGAUGGCCAUGGUAUUUAUGGCAUCAAUAGCAACAGGACUUGCCCAGAACGGCACUAUGGCCACUGUCAACGUCUUGGGAAGCAUCUACGCCAAUGCGGUGAUGGUGGGUCAAGCUAUUGCCGGGGUGUUGCCUUCUAUCGCUCUUAUCAUCUCCAUUUUGGUGGUUGGCGAACACACCACUGAAGCCUCGGGCCCUAGAAAAGACUAUGGGGUGUUUGUGUACUAUAUUACAGCAAGUCUUGUGGCGUUGGUGUCCAUGUCUCUUCUUUGGUGGGUGAAUGUCUAUAAGUCCCACAACCAGUAUCGGCUUUUGAACGAAACAUUAGAGGGUGAGCAGUCUAUUGACUCUAGUGCUAACGACGUCGAUGAGCCAGAAAUCCAGCAGAACUACGUUUCUUUUGGGGUGUUGUGGUCGAAAUUGAAGUUCAUUGUGCUGUCUAUAUUCUUCACGUUUGCUGUCACGCUUAUAUUCCCGGUGUUUGCGUCUACGGUCGAAUCUGUCAACUACGACUCCAACUUCCGUCUCUUCAAGAAGGACAUUUUCAUCCCAUUCCUGUUUUUGGUGUGGAACUUGGGAGAUCUUUUGGGGCGUAUUUGGUGUGGAGCACCAGGUUCCAGGUUCUUAAUUAAUAAACCUUCCAAGUUAAUCACGUACUCGUUGGCUCGUUUGGUUUUCAUUCCUUUGUUUUUGACCUGUAACAUCCACCCGUACACUUCGGCAUCGCAAUCGAGUGCUUUAAUUAACUCUGACCUCUGGUACCUUAUGCUCCAGAUGUUGUUUGGAUUAUCAAACGGGCAAUUGUGCACUUCAUGCUUCAUGAUCGUUGGGAACUUCUGUGAUACAGAUGAUGAGAAAGAAGCUGCUGGUGGGUUCACAGCGGUGUUUUUGAGUGUCGGGUUGGCGUUUGGUAGUGUUUUCAGCUAUCUUCUCGUUAUUGCAAUCAAUUAGAGUUUAGAUUGCAAAAACCAUGAUUUAUUCCAAUGCAGUGGAAAGAUAAUGUUGAUAAACCAUCAUGAAACAUCAUGAAGCAUCAUGAAAGAAUAAUUGCUCCAAGUUUACGCCAGACAUCUACUCAUAUACUAAUACAUUUUACAACAUGUCUCAUAAAUACUCCUAUUAUUUAGGCUAUGCCACAUCAGGCACCGAUCGCGCGCAGUAGAUUUGUUAGAACCGAAACACCUUCAAUCAUACAAUGUCAUUUUGGG